AUGUCGACCGUUCGCGCGCUCCAGAUCGAGCAGCAGGGAGGGCCCGACGUCGUGCAGGUGGUACCCGUCCCUGCACCCACGCUGUCCGGCUCGGGCAAGGUGGUGGUUCGCAACGAGUAUGCCGGCGUCAACAUGAUCGACACGUACCACUUUGGCGGCCUGUACAAGCUGCAGACGCCCAUCGUGAUCGGCCAGGAAGCGGCGGGUGUGGUCGAGGCGGUGGAUCCGGACGUCACCUCGGUGCGCGUGGGCGAUCGCGUGGUCCAGUACGGCGGAGGCUCGUACAUCGAGAAGCAGCUGCUGGAUGCCGAGCGCGUCAUCAAGCUUCCCGACGACAUCGACACGCGCACCGCUGCCGCCUGCUAUCUGCAGGGCCUCACGGCUCUUACGCUGCUCACCGAAUCGGCACCCGUCAAGAAGGGCGAUUGGAUCCUCGUCACUGCCGCCGCGGGCGGUGUUGGCCUCCUCCUCUGCCAGAUGGGCAAGGCGUUCGGUGCAAAUGUGAUUGCCGUCACCUCGACCGAGGCCAAGUGCCAGCUGGCCAAGGCGCACGGUGCCGACCACGCACUGCUGUACAACAAGGAGAACCCCGAGGCGUACAUCUCGGCCAUCCGCGACAUCACUUCCGGCCACGGCGUAGAUGCCAUCCUCGACGGCGUUGGCGCCGACACGUGGGAAGCCAACUUUGAGAUCGCCGCGCGCAAAGGAACCAUCGCUACGUUCGGCAAUGCUUCCGGUCCCGUCCCUGCAUUUGCGCCGCUCAAGCUUUCGCCCAAGAACCUCAAGGUGUGUCGUCCGACGCUGUUCAACUACGUCGCGACGCGCGAGGAGCGCGAACGCUACUCGGCGCAACUCUUCGAGCUCGUCCAGUCGGGCAAGGUCAAGAUCAACAUCCACGACGAGUACGCCUUUACCACCGACGGUCUGCGCCACGCCUUCGCCGACAUCAAGAGCCGCAAGACCACGGGCAAGCUCGUCGUCAAAAUCUAG